CAGCUCCCCAUGGGCAGCGGCAGGGUCUGCGUCGGCUUCCAGCUGUCGGUACUGGCGGAGAGAAGCCGGGCUGCCCGCCCGCCCCGCGCCCCUCUGCCCCGUGCGCGGCCGGCCAAGGCGGAACCUUUGUGCGGGGCCUCCUGCUGCAGGGCUGGGGGAGGGAGUUAACAGGCCCUCGCCGCCGGGGCCGGCUGCUUCCUUCCUCCCUCCCUUCCGGCUGGCGCGCGCCGCCCGUGACCCGCCGCCUCACGCUGCCGCCUGGCUCGGUAUUAAAUCAAAAUGGUUCAUGCUGAAGCCUUUUCUCGCCCCCUGAGUCGGAAUGAAGUUGUUGGUUUAAUUUUCCGUUUGACGAUAUUUGGUGCGGUAACUUAUUUUACCAUUAAAUGGAUGGUAGAUGCAAUUGAUCCAACCAGGAAGCAAAAAGUGGAAGCCCAGAAACAGGCAGAAAAACUAAUGAAGCAGAUUGGGGUGAAAAAUGUCAAGCUUACUGAAUAUGAAAUGAGCAUUGCCGCACAUCUAGUAGACCCUCUUAGCAUGCAUGUAACCUGGAGUGAUAUUGCAGGUUUAGAUGAUGUCAUUACAGAUCUGAAGGACACAGUCAUUUUACCUAUCAAGAAGAAACAUUUGUUUGAGAAUUCCAGACUCUUGCAGCCACCAAAAGGAGUACUUCUCUAUGGCCCUCCAGGUUGUGGUAAAACUCUGAUUGCCAAAGCUACAGCAAAGGAAGCAGGUUGUCGAUUUAUUAAUCUGCAGCCUUCAACAUUGACUGAUAAAUGGUAUGGGGAGUCUCAGAAACUGGCUGCUGCUGUCUUCUCCCUUGCUGUAAAACUCCAACCUUCCAUCAUUUUUAUCGAUGAAAUAGAUUCCUUUCUACGAAGCCGUUCAAGUUCUGAUCAUGAAGCUACAGCUAUGAUGAAAGCUCAGUUCAUGAGUCUGUGGGAUGGUCUGGACACUGACUAUAGUUGCCAAGUGAUAGUGAUGGGAGCUACCAAUCGCCCUCAGGAUCUUGACUCUGCCAUUAUGAGAAGAAUGCCUACAAGGUUUCACAUUAACCAACCAGCUCUGAAACAGAGAGAGGCAAUUUUGAAACUGAUUUUGAAAAAUGAAAAUGUGGAUAGGCAUGUGGACCUCCUGAAAAUUGCUAAAGAAACAGAUGGGUUUUCAGGAAGUGAUUUGAAAGAAAUGUGUCGUGAUGCAGCACUCCUGUGCGUCAGGGAAUAUGUUAAUUCUACACAUGAAGAAAGUCACGAUGAAGAUGAAAUUCGGCCAGUGCAACAGCAGGAUCUGCACAGGGCAAUUGAGAAGAUGAGGAAGUCAAAAGAUGCAACACUUCAGAAUGUUUUGAUGCAUGUUAGUUUAGACUAAGACUAAACCGUGUGUUUGCAGUUUCUGAUGUGGCCUAGUUUGACUUGCGCUGUAAUCAGCUAGCUAACAAAUUAGUGGUGGGGGGAGGGAGCAGGGAAAUUCUUUCAAUAAGGGAGUUAAAUGUUUCAUUUCGAGAGGGGUUUUUAUACACUGAAUUCUAAAUUAUUGAAAUCUGGUAAUCUUACAGAAAUAGAUGUGGUCUACAGCUCAUGAAGUGGAACAAUAUAGUCCAGUCCAAGAGUGAAUGCUUGUGUUUUGUCCAGUUAGCAAUAUGUUGUAGUGACCUUAAAGUAGGUUCUAAUGUGAUGCAUGUUUUUGGGGGGAAGGGGAAAAUGAUUGAAUACCAGUUCAUGUAUAUAUGUAUGAACGUGUGUGUGUUUAUAUUAACUGUAUAUAUCCACACAUUUUUUAUAUAUAGACAUAAUCUGUAGAUAAGUUGAAUAUGGAAAAUCUUUUUUUACUUAAUUACUGAAUGAAAUUAAAUCAGAAGAUGUAUAGAUUAAAAAACUCUGCUGAAUUCAAUGCAUAUUUACCUUUUUUCUUUUAGCAAUUUAUACAAAAGGCAGAAAUUCUGUUUGAAUUGAGAUUUUAUUUUACAACUUUGAAGUGGUGGUGACUUUCACAUGGAUGUUUGACGUCUACAUGCAGUAGAGGUAGCAAACUCAUGCAUAAUUGUUUGAAUAUUUUUCAUUUUAUAUGAAAUCCUGCUGUUAGGCUCUUUUGUUUUAAAUGCUGUUUUUACAGUUUUCCUCUCUGAGUUGAAUAAAUACUCUUGCAAACUGGUCUUUCAUUAAACCCUCCAUGUCAUAAUUCCCUAAAACUUUGGAUCUCUGAUUUAUUAUACACUAGUCGGGUUAUGUAGUUGACUCAUUUUCUUUAGAAUAUAUAUUGCAACAUCUUUACACGAUGCUAUGAAUUAUCACGAGUUUUAUUUUAACUUGGAGGGGGAAGUAUAUUUUGUGGUGGUUUUCUUUGUUUCCUCAUACACUAAUUUGCAAAGCUGAGAAACGCUACCUGGGUCUCCCAGUCAUUGUGAAUUAGCAAUGUUCUACUGUACUUGGCAACGGUUUAACAAUUUAUAUAAUUAAGAGAUCGAUAAUAUAAAAUGUAAAACUUUUCCAAGCUUAA